AUGGCCUUGAAACCAUGUGAAACGUCCCUGGUGGUCUCAAGCGCACUGGCGGUCGCGAACGUCUUUCGGUUCCUUACUCAUCUUGCAGCAACGCUCCACAGGAUUGCCUUUCCCCAGAAACGCCUACAGUGGGCUGUAGACGGCGAGGCUGUGGACUCCUCAGGGGUCUCUUCCGAUCCUCCUCCCGUCCAAGUGAAUACCCCAGACGCAACCGUCUGUCAAUCCACGAAGCUUACCUGGGAGGACGGCAGCGACUUUACCGGCACUUCCGCCACUUGGGUGGCGAACGUAUCCGCCGGGUCAAAGCUAGUCUUCGAAGUGGAAUUUACCAAUGAAGAACACGUUACCCGUACAGCCUUUUCAGCGAUAUUCACGGUGCUCCCUGGAGAUGAAUCGUGCAUUGAGAAUACGUCCUUAUCGUCAUCUCAUGCAGAGACCGCAACCCCCACUCCCACUCAAAUGAGUCCUGCCGAGCCCUCCAAGACCAUCGACAUUACUACUCGUGUCAAGAUCUCUGGCACGUCACAGCCGACGGUAACGGUUUCGACACUGCUCUCUAGUCCAACUUUGAGUCCACACUCAUCCAGCGAGAACCCGACGGAGUCGUUAGACCCGAGCUCCAUCAGCUCAACCCUCACGGGUCCCUCCGGCUCUUUUAUGUCCAGCGCCAUCAGCUCAGUUCAGUCCAAUGCCAGCCAGCCCAGCACAAGCCGCGCGAGCUCAGCGACUGUCUCUCCCAGCGCACCGUCCACCGGCCUAGAAAACCAAGGUACCGCCAGAUCUCUCACCGCAGGAGCCAUCGCAGGGAUCGCGACCGGGAUUCUUGUCGUCGCCGCCAUCAUCUGUCUCGUCUUAGCAAGGCUUCUCGUGAGACGACGUCUCGGAUUGCCAUCCCUGAGGCCUCUGCAGGCGAGGAGCUAUGAAGAGAUCUCGGAAGUGGGGUCGGGCCCCCGCACAGUACUGUUCAUCAGUCGUCCUGACUCCAACGGAAGUCGCCCCCAGGAAGAUAGUGUCCUCGGAAACACAAGGACGCCUACCCAAGAAGGGCCACCCUCUGCGUCGCCUUUAGCGCUGCGCGCGAGACCGCAGAGCGCAUACCCUACUAGGCUCAAAUUGGCCGAGGGCCGCUCGCGCGCACCCCGCCAUGCAAGCGUUCCUGUGCUGGGUCUUGUACCUAAUACGGAGUCUGCAAGCGUCCUUUCCAGGGAGAGGCGGUUUUCGAGUAGUUAUACAGAUAGUCUCUUUGACAAUCGGACUGAGGGGGGAUUCACGGCGCCACCGCCCUAUAGUCAGAUCGACUAG